AGAGUUCCAUUUUUGGCAAAACAAGAAGACAGCACUACCCUUGAUUUGAACAAAGUCAAGAGAAGAGAGAGAUUGAUAUAACUUUAGCUUUAGUUACAUUCACUUGAACCUUCAUAUGUAGAAAUUUACAUGCACUGAGUGGGUCUAUUUGUUUGCAUCUAAUUGUAUGCACAGAAAAAAACUGCCUUUGUUUUCGUCUCCGUAGAUAGGAGGUAACUGAAGAAACCAGAACCAAACAAACAACACUCAGAGAGGGCUACCGGUCCUUCUACACCUUUGUUUUCUCGAAGUUUCAGCUGGUCUUGUCGGAAAUGCAUCCUAUUCUUCAGGCCACCACAACUUAUCCUCCUGCUACUGCCUCUCUAGUUCCUCCUUCUAAAGUCCAAGAUUCUGUACCGCAUACAAAAAGGCUCUAAGCAGCGUUAAUUGAGUGGUGGAAUCAUCUUGCAGUGUUGAUGCAUGAUGGGCCAUUUUUCGUCUGUGUUCAAUGGGUUGGCAAAGUCGUUUGCAAUGAAGAAAAGAAGGAAUUCUGGUAGAUGUAGUGGGAGAGAAGCUGCGGAAGCAAUGGCAAAGGAAGCCAAAAAGAAUCACUUCUUACUGCAUAGCUCAGGCACCGUUAGUGUUGAUGGUUCAAACAACUUUGCCUCGGUUUUCUCCAAAAAAGGCCAGAAAGGAGUGAAUCAGGAUUGCUGCCUAGUGUGGGAAGAAUUUGGGUGCCAAGAGGACAUGAUUUUCUGUGGGAUUUUUGAUGGGCACGGGCCAUGGGGUCACUUUGUGGCUAAAAGAGUAAGAGAGUUAAUGCCACAAUCUUUGCUAUGCAACUGGCAGGAGACACUCUCACAAACUUCACUUGAUCCAGAUAUUGACAUUGAGAAAGAGAAAAAGCAACACCGAUUCAAUAUAUGGAAGCAUUCAUAUUUGAAGACUUGUACUGCUGUUGAUAGAGAAUUAAAGCAAAAUCGCAAGAUAGAUUCAUUUUUCAGCGGAACAACUGCCCUGUCAAUUGUUAGACAGGGUGAACUCAUUGUCAUUGCAAAUGUUGGUGACUCUCGUGCUGUGUUGGCUACAACAUCAGAUGAUGCAAGUUUGGUAGCAGUUCAGCUCACAGUAGAUUUCAAGCCCAAUUUACCUCAAGAGGCAGAGAGAAUACUUGAGAGCCAAGGAAGGGUGUUUUGCUUACACGACGAGCCUGGGGUGCACAGGGUGUGGUUGCCGGAUGAAGAAUCUCCAGGACUUGCUAUGUCUAGAGCUUUUGGUGACUACUGCAUCAAAGACUAUGGUCUUAUUUCAGUGCCUGAGGUAACACACAGAAACAUAACCACCAGAGACCACUUUGUUGUGCUAGCCACUGAUGGGGUAUGGGAUGUAAUCUCCAAUCAAGAAGCGGUGGAUAUUGUAUCUUCAACACCAGACAGAGGAGAAUCAGCUAAACGUUUGGUGGAGUGUGCAAUGCAUGCAUGGACACGCAAGAGGAGGGGAAUUGCCAUGGAUGACAUUUCGGCAAUUUGUCUCUUCUUUCACUCUUCACCUUCACUUCACCAAGUUGCCACCCAAAAAUAGAAUAUUUAUCAUGUAAAAUUCGCAAGUCAUUUGCUGCUGUUCGAUCUAUGUAAACAUUUGACCCAACAAAAAAGGUUGAUUCAUUCGAAGUUGUCAUGUCUCUGUCUCGUCUGUAAUUUGUUAACCUAAUCAAUGACGCUUACUCGUUUUUUGUUACUUGCUACUAGCCACCCAUGUCCUAAUGAGAGGUGCUUAAUUCCACCGUUUUUAUGACUCUCGC